CAACUCUGAUUGGUUGCAUAUUUUUAUGGUGGCUUUGGGUAGACUACCUUUGAAAUGGUCAUGGCCCCGCGCCGUAAAAAAACACGCGGCACGGUUAGCGGCAAGACAACAUCGACUGCAGGUUCUCAGCAGGUGCCUACGUGCGCGUUUUGCGACCUCCCGCACAGCGAUGACAUCAACGGGGAACUUCUAACUCGCAAUGGCCUUCACGUGCACUACUUUUGCAUGCUCUUCUCGAGUGGCCUGCACCAGAGAGGCGAGGAGGAUGACCCACUGCGCGGUUUCUUGGAAGCCGACGUGCGCGCGGAACUACGUCGGGGCAACAGGCUGAAUUGUUGCUUCUGCAAGCGAAAAAAUGCGACCGUUGGCUGCUGCCUGCGGGCAUGCAAGAAGGCGUUUCAUAUGCCCUGUGGAGUUGAGCGGGAUUGCCUCCUUCAGUUCUUCGGUGACUUCAGGGUGUACUGCGCAGCACACCGCCCUCGCCAGAAUGUGGUGCCACUGGAACGGGAAGGCGCCAGCCUGUGCUCCAUCUGCUCCGAGGAGAUGGUCCACCCAUCAGUGGACGUGCUGGUGACACCCUGCUGCAGGCAGAUGUUCCACCGAAAGUGCAUCCAGCGCCAGGCCAUAAGCGCAGGCAGCCACUUUUUCCGCUGCGGCCACUGCAACAACCAGGAGGCCUUCCAAAGGGAGAUGCAGGACCACGGCAUCUACGUGCCUGAUCAAGAUGCCUCCUGGGAGCGGGAACCACAUGCCUACGAGGACCUGCUCUACCGGUACCAGCACUGUGAUGCACCCCGUUGCUCCUGCCCCUUGGGGCGCAGCCACCACCAGGAAGAUGGUCGCUGGAGGAUGGUGGUGUGCGACAGCUGUGGCUCCCAGGGCGUCCAUGCAUCCUGCGGCAAUGUGGCAGGCAGCCACUGGAUCUGUGCAGACUGCCGCCAGAUCAUCACUCGAAUUCCCGGCCCAGCCCAGCAGCCAUCCAGCAGCCGCAAUGAGAAGCGCCCGCUGCAGCAUGAGGUUAUCGAGAUUGACAGCGACGAUGACGACGACGACGUACCUCCGCCGCAGCUCUCAGAGCGCAGGAAAUCGGGCAGCCGCCGCCUCCUGGACUUCUCCAUGCGUGGCGGCGCAAACCAUGACGAUAGUGCCACGCUGCAGCUCAUGCUUGAGACAAUCAACGGCAGCGUCAUUGUGGCAGUCGUCUCGCAGGAACCUUGAACUAUGAAUAAAUGGGCUGGCUCAUUUGGUUGUCUUUGAAUGCCACUAUUGUUUCUAUGA